AUGGGUUCUUGGCGUGUUUCCUGGGUUCGCCGAUUACCUAUGCUGAGCGAGCUCAUUCUGUGUGCCGCCCGUAGAUCGGGUGGUCGGUUUAUUCCACAGCGGCAAUGGAUUCACAUAUCCUCGGUCUUCAGUAGACCUGAAAUGCCUCAACUGCCUCAUAUUCUUAAGCAAAACCAAAUACCAGAGGCUGAUCGUCGCCGCAUUGAACAAGAGGUGCAGGAAAUGACCAAGGACUGGGUUCCCCAUGGGAUGCAUGAAACGGAUAAAAACGAGGAUAUUUAUCGCUUCAAAUUUUUGACCUUCAUGUCGUACUCAGUGUUCACGGCUGGUGUUUUCCUACUGUUAUGGUACACUCCUGAUCGCGGUCAAGAGGAAUGGUGUCGUCGUGAGGCAUACUUGGAACUCGAAAGACGGCGCCGGGAUGGUCUACCUUUGAUUAUUCCUGAUCUUGUUCCCCCGGAGCGCGUCAAGUUACCUUCAGACGAAGAAUUAGGUCCGGAUUUCAAGAUCAUCAUUUAACUUCGUCCACCUCUCCCCCUCCCCCUUCCAUAAUUUGUCUCGCAAGUCAACCUGAAUAGUUACUACUUAGAGAUUGAGGAAAGCUGAGCUGUAAAUAUAAAACAUCACUUCGCAU